ACGUGUACUGAAUUAUUACCAUAUUCUCGUGUCACAUUUGCAUGAUGUACUUGAAUGAACACCAUGGUAACGUUAAAUUACUGCCAACAUAUACUUCAGUAAGCGAUGUUGUUGUUGUUAAAUGACACGGUAUUUUUAUGAUAAUUUGCUCCCGAAUCUUGAACGUGAGUGUUCACGAUGAUGUACAGUAGAUACAGUAGCAGCUUAUGAUUGUUUUGGACGUAUCAUGGUCAUAAGUUUUCAAUAAAUAAAGUGAAUUUGCGCAGAUGAAGUUUCACUUUCAUUACAAGCUUAAGUUUUAUUUUUACUUUUAUUUUCUUUUAUGUUCCUUAAUCGUUUUACUUUCAAACUCACUACUAUACGUUUAACCAUAGCCUCUGUUUAUCUUAGUUUGCCCAAACUGAAUCUUAUACAGUUUAUUGUUUUUGCUGAUACAGACAGGACAAAUGAGGAGCUAUGACGAGUGAAAACCACGGAAGCAUAAAGGCAGAUCAGGCAUUGGUCAUGUCGCCCACCGGGUCCACAUCACAGGCAACGCCCUACUCGCCCUCCACCAGCAAACCCAUUCAAGAGCUACCAGAUGAGCUGAUACAAGCUGGGUGGUCGAAAUGUUGGAGUAAAAGAGAGAAUCGGCCAUAUUACUUUAACCGUUUCACUAACCAGUCACUGUGGGAGGUCCCUGUCCUGGGACAACAUGAUGUUAUUUCAGAUCCUCUGGGGUUAAAUGCGGCUCCUGCCUCUGGUGAGGUGACGGGAGAUGCGGGACUCGGCAAUGGGCAGCGUAAAAGACACCUGUCAGAAGAGACAGUCCCAAACAGUUUCAAGAAGCCAAAGAUUGAGACUCCUCCCACUCCGACAACACCCACAAUCCCCAUUUCUCCCAGCACACCAGGAGGGAAACCCUGGCUUUCCACCACAGAUGAUAAACCGGGUCAGCCCAGCGUGCCCGCGCCUGCUCCGUAUCGACCUUCUGUUGUGUAUUGGGAUCUGGAUAUUCAGACUAAUGCAGUGAUUCGAGAGAGGACUCCAGCGGAUCACCUGCCUCCUCACCCUGAGAUCGAGCUGCAGAGAGCUCAGCUCACCACCAAACUUCGACAGCAUUACCGCGAGUUGUGCUCACAGCGCGAGGGAAUAGAGCCUCCGCGGGAAUCCUUCAACCGCUGGCUUUUGGAGAGGAAGGUUAUAGAUAAAGGUUGUGAUCCAUUCCUGCCCAGUGAAUGCGACCCGGUCAUUUCUCCAUCUAUGUUUCGAGAGAUCAUGAACGACAUCCCUAUCAGGCUGUCUCGCAUUAAAUACAAGGAAGAUGCCCGAAGACUCUUGUUCAAGUAUGCAGAGGCGGCCAAGAAAAUGAUUGACUCCAGAUUGACCCACAGAAACGCAACUCCUGAAAGUCGAAAAGUGGUGAAGUGGAACGUUGAGGACACUAUGAACUGGUUGAGAAGAGAUCACUCGGCAAGCAAAGAGGACUACAUGGAUCGUCUGGAGCAUUUACGAGAGCAGUGCGGCCCUCACGUGACGGCCGUGGCAAAGGACUCCGUUGAGGGCAUCUGUUCGAAAAUUUAUCACAUCUCUGCCGAGUAUGUGCGCAGAAUCCGACAGAUUCACCUCGGUCUGCUGAAAGACUGCAACAUCUCGGUGGAAGGCGUGGAGACGCCAGAGGUUCAGGAUCGUUUGGUGUAUUGUUAUCCUGUCAGACUAUCCAUUCCUUCUCCUCCUCAACCUCGCGUUGAGCUUCACUUCGAAAACGACAUAGCCUGUCUGCGCUAUAAAGGAGAAAUGGUGAAGGUCAACCGUGGCCACUUCAGCAAACUGGAACUCCUGUAUCGAUACAGCUGUAUUGAUGACCCAAGAUUUGAAAAGUUCUUGUCUCGAGUUUGGUGCCUUAGUAAAAGAUACCAGGUGAUGUUUGGCUCAGGUGUGAACGAGGGCUCCGGCCUACAGGGGGCGUUACCCGUUCCUGUUUUUGAGGCUCUUAAUAAACAGUUUGGCGUUACGUUCGAGUGCUUCGCAUCUCCUCUCAACUGCUAUUUUAAGCAGUACUGCUCUGCGUUUCCAGACAUCGACGGCUACUUUGGGUCUCGAGGGCCGUUCCUCAGCUUCUGUCCAGCCAGCGGCUCUUUUGAGGCGAACCCUCCGUUCUCUGAGGAGCUCAUGGAUGCCAUGGUGACACACUUUGAAGAUCUUCUGGAGCGCUCUAGCGAGCCGCUAUCCUUCAUCGUCUUCGUGCCGGAGUGGCGCAACCCGCCGACUCCUGCCCUGACGCGGAUGGAGGCGAGUCGCUUUCGCAGACAUCAGCUGACCGCGCCUGCGUUCGAACACGAGUACCGCAGCGGCUCGCAGCACAUUUGCAAGAAAGAUGAGAUGUACUACAAGGCCGUUCAUGGAACAGCGAUCAUUUUCCUUCAAAAUAACGCCGGCUUUGCCAAAUGGGAGCCGACCGCCGAGAGAAUCCAAGAGCUCCAGGCGGCAUAUAAGGUCUCUGGUCGUUCCUUACCUUCACCCGGUCCAUCCUCCGCCGGUACCGGAGACAAAGACUCAAAACCGGUCCAGGAACGCUCUGCAACGAGUCAAGACAAAAGCAGUCCUGUGGACAAGACUGCUCCGGGCACAACAAACAUUUAACCCGCCGCUGUGCGCGUGGCUACGCUGUAUGUAUGUUCAUGGGAAAGAGUCUGUGAUUGUGUGAGAGAUGUAAUAUUGGGCUUGGAUCGGCACUGGACAUUUAAUUGUUCACGUGAGAAGGGGAAAGAUUCAUAAUUGUUUACUUUCUCCCGCCUUUAUUAUUUAAUAUUGUAUGUUUAAGGUUGUUAUGUUAGCCUAAUUGUUGGGUUUUAUAUUUGGUCACAGUUUUCGUUGUAUUUUUAAGCGAUGGUAAAUGUAGUCCGUGUAUAUGUUUAUUAAUCUUUUGUUUGGCCUUUGUUGGGUGAUCUCAUGAAGGUUUGUGUUAGAAUCCAAAAUCAGAAAAAAUUACAUUUUGCAUAAAAAAUUAUUUAUUCGGUACAAAUUCCUGUAAUGCAUCCGGAUGUUUCAUUAUUCGCUACAGGUUCUCAUUACAGUAAUACAGUAUUGUUUUAGUGUAUUACUGUAAUGCAGUGAUUAUUCAGAGCAAAAUAUUAUUCUUUUCAUUUCUGUUUUUAAAUUGAAAUAUGACCCAAACAUAUUUUAAACAAGUUUAGUAAGAUUACCCUUUAACCCUUAUAGGAUUAUGAAUCUGUUAAAAGUGCUGAACGUCUGGUGCUUGUUUGUAACUUAAAAUGAUUCUGUGUGAGAAGAUGAACGGCGAUCAGGCAGCUAUGUUUAUGAUGACAUGCAUAAGCUGUUCGGGCUCUUGUCGCAUUUGUUGUUUUUUCAUAUCUGCAUUAGUUUGAAGAGAUACUAGAACACUUUUCAUGACCUUACUUAUUUCUCUUCAUGUCAGGUCUUUCUUUAUAACAAAAUAUAGGAAUAGAAAAAAACUCAGUCAGUCGAUCUAGUUUUCACUCAGCAAGUCAAUUUCUGUUUUGUUCCCGAAAUAUGUAUAGAAAACAAAAGCAAAUGUGUUGUUUAUCUGAAGGUUUUUUUCAGGCCUGUACCUUAAAGUCAUGAUGUAGCCUUCAAGUAUAGCGAGAGGAAAAAGUUAAACUUAUAACUGAGAUACAUUUAGCCAGGUAAAAUUAGUUAUUGGUUCUAAAAGCAUUAAUCAACAUUUUUCUGAUUUUUUUUUUAUCAAACUGCACCGUUUAUUGUUUCUCUACCUCUUAUUUCAGCUGUUUUAAGAGUCAAAGCAAUGAUAUCUGGAAAUUAAAUGCAGAAAAGCAAACUAGUAGCUUAACUUUCUUUAAAUGCAUUGGCAUCCCAUUAGUAGAAUUGGUUGCUCUUGCUCUUGGUAUAUGUAAAAAGUGCUUUUUUGUUUUUGUUUUCUAAUCAUAGUUUUUAUUUACAUGGGAACAAGAUUAUAUUUUUAUCACUGGGCAGCAUUUUGAAUGUACAUUUUAGAAAUAGGAAAAGAGAAGUUAUUGAUGAUUUGUUAAAUUUGUUGCUAUAAUUAGGCUUUUAAUGUUGCGGUUGGUAACACUAAAAUGGUGAAUUUUUUUGCCAUGCUAAAAUGUAUGUAGAAAUUAUUCGUAUCACUUUAUUGGACCCAACCCCUUCCAUAUGUAUAUAACUAUAGAUUUGUUUCUUUUUUCACUGGACUACAUUGUUGCCAAAUGCCAAACUUGGUAAAUGACUAAGUUUAAUUCAUAUCAUAACCCAGUAACACAAAAAUCCUAUUUCACUAUUCGUUCGAGCAUUGGGCACUUGUUGGAUUUCUUAAUCCCAGAGGAUUUUCUGUCACCAGCAAAACUGUAGAUGUUGUAUAGAACAUAAGUAUGAAAUUUGUUAUUUUCCAACACAGCUGUUUAUUUGAAAAGAAAAAGUGUAUUUCUUCAUGGCUUUUUUAUUUAACGUUUGGUUCUAAAUGAAUUAUAUGAAAUACAAGUUGUUUUAACCUAAACCAAAGUGUUAUUAAAAGAGAAGAAAUUUAUCUAAAAUCUUAAAUUGUGUACGACUGCAUUGGUAAUGCAUAAGGUGUAACCAGCAAAAACAUCCAUUUAUUUGUAAGGUUAUUUUUAUAAUUCUUUUUAGUUCUUUA